CCAGUCUGGUUCUUCUGUUGUGCCGUUGGCUGUGCUGAGGGGGCUGGGGGAGGGAUCUCGCGAUUGUUGGACUUUUCUUUUUUUUUCGAGGGGGGGGAGAGAGUUAUUCGGAAGAUGGCGCCCGUUGUUACGGGGAAGUUCGGUGAGCGACCUCAACCUCAGCGUUUGACAAGAGAGGCUAUGAGGAAUUACUUGAAGGAGAAAGACGAUCAAACAGUGCUCAUACUACAUGCGAAAGUUGCACAAAAGUCAUAUGGCAAUGAAAAACGGUUUUUCUGUCCUCCACCAUGUGUGUAUCUGUUGGGCACUGGCUGGCAGAAGAAGUUAGAGAAUAUGGAGAAGGAGGGCUGCACAGAGCAGGAGGCCCAGCCAUGUGCUUUCAUUGGGAUAGGCAACAGCGAACAGGAGAUGCAGCAACUGAAUCUGGAGGGGAAGCACUUCUGCACAGCUAAGACACUGUAUAUCAGUGACUCCGAUAAAAGGAAGCACUUCAUGCUGUCUGUGAAGAUGUUAUACGGAAACAGCUCCAACAUAGGAGUCUUCCUCAGCAAGAGAAUCAAGGUCAUCUCCAAGCCCUCCAAGAAGAAACAGUCCUUGAAAAAUGCAGAUUUGUGUAUAGCAUCAGGGACUAAGGUGGCCUUGUUUAAUCGCCUGCGUUCCCAGACAGUUAGUACCAGGUAUCUCCAUGUGGAAGGAGGAAACUUUCAUGCUAGCUCCCAGCAGUGGGGUGCCUUCUACAUCCACCUCCUGGAUGAUGAGGAGUCUGAAGGAGAGGAGUUUGCUGUAAGAGAUGGCUACAUUCACUAUGGCCAGACAGUCAAACUGGUGUGCUCUGUUACUGGCAUGGCCCUGCCGAGACUCGUUAUUCGCAAAGUAGACAAGCAAACAGCAUUAUUGGAUGCCGAUGACCCAGUGUCCCAGCUUCACAAGUGUGCCUUCUACCUGAAAGAUACAGACAGGAUGUAUCUCUGUCUUUCACAGGAGAGGAUCAUCCAGUUCCAGGCGACACCAUGCUCCAAAGAAACUAACAAGGAAAUUAUUAACGAUGGGGCUUCCUGGACUAUCAUUAGCACUGACAAAGCAGAGUACACCUUUUAUGAGGGCAUGGGCCCCGUCCCCACACCAGUCACACCUGUCCCUGUGGUAGAAAGUCUGCAGUUAAAUGGUGGCGGAGAUGUGGCCAUGUUAGAGCUGACGGGACAGAACUUCACUCCUAACCUCAGAGUGUGGUUCGGGGACGUGGAGGCCGACACCAUGUACAGGUGUGGAGAGAGUGUCCUGUGUGUAGUGCCGGAUAUUUCUGCCUUCAGAGAGGGGUGGCGCUGGGUGAGGCAGCCGGUCCAGGUUCCUGUGACGCUGGUCCGCAAUGAUGGAAUCAUCUACGCCACUGCCUUAACCUUCACUUACACCCCAGAACCAGGUCCCCGACCCCACUGCAGUGCUGCUGGGGCCAUUCUGCGGUCACAUAGCACCUCUUCAUCAUCACCAGCGUCCUCAUCUUCACCUUCAUCUUCAUUGGGCGGGCUUGGAGAAAGCCACGGGGCCUACAGCAGCAGUGACUCAGGCAUGUCGUCGUCGGCGUCAACCAUGUCGGUGCUGUCAUAGUGAUACUUGUUUUGUGUGUGUGCUACGAAUGACUGAGAGAGAAAAUGCGGACAUGUACUCCAAAGAGACUCAUGGACCUGUGAAGAAUUGCACACAAGCUAAGAAGCUCAUCAUUAAAGCGACUGUGAAAUCACGAGAACUGGCUGAGACUUUUGGGGGGGAGACAAGUUUAAAGAAAAUGCCUGUGAUAACUGACUCUGUACUUUAGUGCCCUCUUGUGGAUAUCCAAGAUGUUUGUCCUAAAAGGAGGUGAAUGUACUGUCUGACUCUCACAGCAAUGGGAUUUGUAAAAUAAGCAUCUUGUUUUUAUAUACCAGUGGGUUUGGAAGCUACUUUCAUUAUGCUUUCUUACUACCAAGGUCAUAUUUUUACAGAAAAAGUUGUUGAUUUAACUGUUGUAAGCAAGGGAAAUUUUUUAACUUAGUUUCUUUGGACCAAGGAAUAUUAUAAUAUUUUAUUCAUUAUAUAUUUUAUAAGCUUUUGCUGAGGUACAUUUUGACAUUUUUGUAUAGUACUGCAUAGUACAUACAUUCACUUUUGUUACCAAAUAGAGUUUGUCAUGGUGUUGGCACCUAUUUCUGUUUUGUCUCUGUGGAGUGGUCAAAGUGGAAAUGACUUUUAGGAUGUUUAACAGUCUGACUACAGAUUCCCUACUUAUCUCCUCACUUGUUUUUUUUUAACACAUACUUACUUAGUUGUCAUUUCCAAAACAUUAUCAGUUCACUGAGCUGCACCAGAAUGAAAAAGAAUCAGUCAGGCUUUGUUUUUAAGGAGGCACUUUAGAAAAUGAGGACAUGCCAAUGUCAGCCUGCAGUUAUUGGCUUAGCUACUUUAUAUUUUCUAGGCCAAUUUGUUUUUGCUCUUAAUAUCAAAGAUGACCUUUUUGAUGAAUGUAGUGUGUGCAUUUGCUCAUAUGUAAUACACUAUCACUGUGUUCUGUUUUCUAAUCCAGAUGCUCUUCUCAUACCCUGUGCUUAAACUCAAAUCUAAACAAUCAGUCCCUCUUGUUAGCAGAGUUUAAGACACCACACUACUUCUUUUUUGUGUCUUUUUCUUUUUUUUUUUUCCAAUAGUGAAGCCUUUUAACAAAAAACAAACAAACUUGGGUGUCUGAUCUCUUGCACAUUUUCAGAGAAAGUGAGAAAGUCGCAGAACAAACAACAAGCGUCAAAACUGGCUGGUCAUGUUAAAGAUUUGAUCUUUACUGUUAAUAUAAUACUUAUAUUGCAGAUAUUGUGGAUCUUUAAUGUUUUCUGUAAUUGGAGGGGCUUUAAGUUUUGCUUUGAGUUUGUGCGUAUGUGUUGGAAGAAGAGCUUUAAUACCGUCUUUGCCUUGUAGCUUCAUAGCUACCCGAGCAGGUCACAGAUUUCUCAGUGAUGUCAUGGUGAUAUUGACCCUUGUUGAAUUUAGUUUUGUCAAACGUGUCUUUUGACUGCAAAUACAUUAGAACUAAUUUUGAUAUAAAAAGCUGUGGCUGUUCUUGAAUGAACGAAGUUGAAUGAACAUAAAAAUGGAACUUUAAACCUGUUUAUCAAGAUCAGUGUUUCGCCCCAACUACCUACAGUUUUAGUACUUUGUUGAAAUUUCUCCCAAGUUAUUUCCAUCAUUUUUUUGUAUUGUGCUGUGUAUCAUGUUUCAAGAUUAACACGACAGCAAUAGAAGGUAAGUAAACGUGUUAAUGACA